AUGAAUAAUAUAAAUUUGUGUGAUUUUGGGAAAGCUAAGGUUUAUUUGUGGAAGACAGAGAAUACAGAUGAAAAAAUUUUUUUAGAAAUUUCAAAUAAAAUUCGAAGCUUAUAUGAAAAAAUAAAUUAUGAUGAUUUAUUCCAUCAUCUGUAUAAUUAUAUAUCAUAUAUCAAUAACAGUAAUAACGAUUUAUUUUUGAGACAUGAAAUUCCUUCUUAUCAUACAAAUGGAUAUAAAAAUAAUCAGAAAAAAGAGGAUCAUAAUUUUUUUAAGAUAUUUAAAAACCCGAAUUAUGUAAAAAGAAAUGGAAACAUAUCAAUAAAUUAUAUUGAUUUUAUUGAAAAAAAUUUAGAAAUAAAUAAAAUAAAUUUUUUUGCAAAUAUAUUUAUAUCUAUUGGUGUGCAUGAAUUAAACGAUAAUGAUCUUGAACCAGAUAAGAAUAAAGAAGAAAACCAUGAUUUUAUUUCAGAACCAAUUCAAAAAAAAGAUAAUGUUAAUAAACAAAAUAACGAUCAAAAUAUAAAUCAAAUAAAUAACUUUUUAAAAAUACGAAAACAGAUUCUAAAAUUAAUUAAUUCAUAUAAUACGAUAUAUUUUAACAAUAGUUGUGUUUUUAUACAACGGGUUCUUGUUAUUCCAUCUUCAGAUAAAUAUGAUGAAUUUAUUAUGGACAAAAUUAUUGAAAUUAAUGAAAAUUUAUUAUAUGCCAAUAAUACUGAUGUUAUGCGCCCUUUUGAAAAUGGCUCAUUUAUCUUUUCUUCACAAAAUGGAAACCACCCCAUUCCUAAAACUGGUUCGUCUGACAAGGGCGGGGAAAGCGGAAAAAAUGGAAAAAAUGCCAAAACUAUGAAUACAAAAAACGUCUUUAACUUCCAAAUUAAUAAAAAUGUGCAGGUCGCUCGAGAUUCUCCUUACUAUGAGAAAGGAAAUUUAGAUGGCGAUUCAAACAACGACGUAAAACACGAUGUAAAAAAGGAUGUAAAAAAGGAUGUAAAAAAGGAUGUAAAAAAGGAUGCAAAACACGAUGCAAAACACGAUGCAAAACACGAUGCAAAACACGAUGCAAAACACGAUGCAAAACACGAUGCAAAACACGAUGUAAAAAACGAAUCCAAAACAAUUCCCGAUUUUGAACAUUUUGAAAAAAAACCAAAACCGGAAAAUUCAAUUUUUACUUCUCAAAUAGAUGUAAAAACAUCCUUUCCAAAAAUAAAGAAAAAAUACUCAUCUACUUUUCUAAAAAUCUUUAAUAAAAAUAUCGGAAAAGAGUAUAUGUCUCUAAAUGGUAGAUCUUCAUCUACAAGUUCAGAUAGUUGUGAGGAAGAGAACGUUUUUAUAGAUAGAAAGAACAAACAAGGAAACAGUGAUGGAAUCAUAGAUGUAGUAGAAUCAGAUGCUUCUAAAAUAAAACCGACUAUUGAAGAAUCACAUGGAUUUACCAAGGAUCAAAAUAAUCAAAACUGUUUAAAAAAAAACAAAGAGAAUAUCCCCAAUCAUAACAGUAAUGAGUGUAAAUCUAAUUCAGAUGCAAAUAUUGAAGAACAAAAAAGAAAAGGAAAACAAAUCACAGAAUCAAAAACUAAAAAAGAUAUAGAGUCAGAAGAAGAAUUUUCUUUUAUAUCUAAUAACAUACAUAAUUUCAAGAUCAUAAUUUUUCUUCCAUCUGUAAAAAAACAUUUUAGUAUACAAUAUAACAAAUUUUUACAAGCAGUAAUAUUGAACAUUUUUUAUAUUUUUAUAUUUUUUUUAUAUGAUUUAUUAACUAAAAAAAAUAUAUGGGAUUAUAUGGAUGUGUUCCUUGAAAAUUUAAAUUAUGAUGUCAUACAAAAUAGGAAAGAUAAAAAUGAAAAUAUAUUUAAUGAUAAAAAAAAAAGCAUAAAUAAAUUUAGUAUAACGAAUAAAAUGAAAAAAAUAAAUUAUUUUAAUAGUUAUUCUGGGGUAUAUAAAUAUAGCCAAGUACAGAGAUUAGCAAAUUUGAAAAAUGGCGUAGAAGCAAAUCAAGAAAAUGAACAAGUAGAAGCAGAUAAGGAAAAUGAACAAGUAGAUGCAGAUAAAGAAAAUGAACAAGUAGAAUAUACGCGAAUAAAUGGAAAAACAUAUGUUCUUCAUAACAAAAAAAAUAUAAAUAAAAAACAUACUCCACUUAAAAUUAGUUACUCUGUUAAUGAAGAAAUGAGCAUCUCUAAUAGUAACACUAUUUUUGGUAAUUUAAAAAAAUAUUAUUUUGAUAUAAUUGAAUCUACAACUUAUCAAACAAAUAAAAUGAUUCCUAAAGGUAGUGAUGAGAUGUACAGAAUACGUAAGUCUAAUACAUAUAAAGAAAAUUUUAUUUCAAAAAAAGAUAGUUUUUAUAAAAGAGAAUCAAAUGAAUCUGGAAAUUUACAUCUAAUACGAAAUAAAAAUGGAUUCAGAAACUCUAGUUACGAAAAUAACAAUUCCAAUAAUGUUUGUCAUUCUGAUGCAUGUGUUAUUGGUGAAAAUAGUGAACCCGAUUGUUCUGUAUGUUAUGAAGACGAUCAAAUAAGUUAUAAUAGUUUAGAAAAUUUGCAUACAGAUGUAAAAAAUGAGGAUAUACAACUUAGCGAGGCAGAACCCAAAUAUUUAGUUGGAAAACGGGUUCUAAUACAAAGUGGAGAAAUCGAAAAUUUUGCAGAAUAUGAAGAAAGCGAUGUGUGUGAAAUAGAUGAUGAUGAUGAUAAUGAUGAUAAUAACAUUUCAGAAGAAAACGAAAAUCUGAAUCCAAUAAGCAAUGAUAUUAUUUAUGAAAAAAAAAAUAAAAUCUUUGAAAUGGAUGAAAAUUAUAAAUAUAAAAUUAAAAAAAAAAAAGGAGAUAUAUUUUUAUUAUUAGGAAGCCCAUUAGAUUCAAUAGAAGAAUAUUUAAAAUGUUUCGAAAUUUGUAAAAUAAAAAAUGAUUAUUUAUAUCAAGGAAAUAUAUAUUUUUCUAUAUCUUUAUCUAUAUAUUUAUAUAUUAAACAGAAUUGGGGAAAUUUUUGUCGUAUAAAUAACAAUGAAAAUUAUUUUUUUCGUUUUCAUGAUAUAAUAGAAAAUUUAAUUUUAGAAACGUAUCAAAAAUUAUUACCAAACAAAUAUACUAAUUACACAAAUUUUUUUUUUGAUACAUCUUAUAGUGGAACCUUAGCAAAAGACCGUUUGUAUAAUAUUGGAAUAGGAACAUCUAACAAUAAUACUAGUAGUAAUAAUAAUAAUCAUCAUCAUAAUUUAAUUAGUGCAAAUUCUAUAAGUAGUGCUACAUCUAUUGGAAUCACUUCAUUUGUUACGAACCCAUCUCAUUCGGGUUCUAUUGCAUCUAACACAGGAGCAAAUAAUAAUAACUAUUAUUAUAAUAAUUAUCUAAACAAUUUUAAUCUGUAUUUAUAUGGUCAUGAACAAACAAAUCAUGAUGGACAAAAUAAUGUUAAAAAAAAUAUAAUCUCAUUUAUUAAUAUGUUAAAAGAAAAUGAUAAAAAUGUUGAAGGAAAAAAAAAUAAAAUAGAUAAAGAAAAUUAUCUUGAUUCUAAUUCAAAUCAUGUUUAUUAUUUUUUUAAUUUAGAAAUAAAACAUCAUAAUAUUUUACUUUAUUUAAUUGCUUUGAUAGAAUAUAAAUUGAAUCAAGCAUUAUUGUUUUUACAAAAAACAUCAUCACAUCUAAGUGAACAAAUAAAUACAUCUACAUCAACCGUUGUAAGUAGUGGAAUCAAAUCAUUGACAGCACAAGAACACUUUUGUGAUUAUUUAAUAUGUUUAUUAAAAUUUAUAAUUAUGAUUAAAAAAAAUGAAAAAAUUCAUAUAUUUUAUAUUAUAAAUAAAUAUUCUUAUAUUGCUGAAAGAUUUAUUCACAAUAUAUAUAUAAGAUACUAUAUCGAAUUAUUACUAAUUUAUAAACAUCUUGGAGCUUUUCGAAAAUUUGCUUUUACUGUAUAUAUGUUAUGUACAUACUUUUAUCAAAAUAAAAAAUAUUAUCUUGCUUUUUUUUUUCUCAAUAAUAUCCUUCCGUUUUAUAAUUUACCAAGCAUAUCCUCUUAUUCUUCUUACCAAAAAUAUAAACAAAUUAAUUUGUUCAAAAUAAACAAAAAUGAAGAUACAUCUACUUUUCAAAGUGGACAAAACUAUCAAAAAAUGUUAUCCAAUGAUCCCAAUUUUGAAAAUAAAGAAAAAAAUAUUCUCUAUCAGUAUAUUAAUAAUUUAUUAUUUAAAAAUAAAUACGACAAAUUUGUUAAUUUUCCAAUGCAUUGGCUUUAUAAAGAUCCACAGACUCGUAUUUCCAGUGAUUCUAGUGAUUCUAGCGGUUCUAGUGGUUCUAGCGAUUUUGGAAACAUUAAAUAUGAUAGAUGCAGGAGAAAUAAUGAAGCAGAAGGAGAGUCAAUAUGUGAAAUAAGUAAAAGUGAUGGAGAAAAUAAUAAAGUGAUAAAAGAAAAAUCGGAUGAAAGAGAAAAAUAUAUUUCUCAAGAGAUGUGUAGUAAUAGAUGUGAAAAUAUUCAUAAACAAUAUAUUUCAUUAUAUUAUUUAAAAGGUUGUGGAUACACAUAUAGUUUAGAUAAUUUAUUUAAUUUUUGUUCGAAAGAUAUUAGUAGUAAAAGUAUAAUGCAUCUACAUAAACAUAUAAAUAAAUUAAAAUUUGUGAUAAAAAAAAAAAAAUAUAAUAAUACAAUUCAUUAUAGUAUUCUUUAUUUUUUAUCACAAAUUUUAAAAAAUAUGGAAUAUGAAAAAGAAUAUGUUUUUGCAAAUCUUUUAUUUCUUCUAUUUUUAAACAAAUAUUUAUCUAAACAGAUGCAAAAAGAGACACUAAAUAAUAUAUAUGAAAUAUUGAAUAAAAAAAAACAUUAUAUAUCUUUCCCACCCUUUAUAACCUUACUAUUAGAUGAUAAAAGAAAAAAAAAAAAUAUAAAAUAUUUAAAAAAACUUUAUAAGGAUAGUUAUGGAAAAGAAUCGAUAGAUAAUAAUGAUGAUUCUAAAUUAGAUUAUAGCUCAGAAAGCUUACCUGAAAAUUAUAAAUAUAAUUCAUCUGGGUUUUAUCUUCUUUCGGAUUCUAACGAUAUAGAUGAUAACUUAUUUCAAACAGAUUCUUCAAUAUCAAAUGCAUCUAUAAAAAUUGCAUCUAUUUCAAAAGAACCAGAUGUAAGAAAAUCUAUUUCGAAGAAAGGAACACAAGGAAAUGUGGCUGGAAACGUGGCUGGAAACGUGGGUGGAGAUGCGGAUGGAAAUGUGUAUAGAAAUAGUGAGCAUAUUUCCAAAAAUAAAUUGCAUUUUCUAAGUGGGUUCACAGAAGGUAGAUGUGCACCUCUUCCAAUAUUAAAAAAUAUCCAAUAUCCCAAAACAGGGAAUAAUAAUGAAAAAAUAUAUAAAAAAAUUAAACCAGUAAAUAUAAAAAAUGAAAAUAAAAAAGAUAAAGAUAUAUUUAAAUAUAACCCGUUUAACGAAAAAGAAAAAAAUAUAAAAAUCCAAAAUAUUUGUUCUACUAAUGAAUUAAAGAAUAUAAUAGUAACUCUAAAGAACCCAUUAGAUGUUGAUAUAGUUUUAAAUAAUUUAAUUUUAAUAUCGUCAGGAGUAUCUAUAGAAAAUUAUCCAACUAGCGUUAUAUUAUUAUCAAAAAAAAAAAAAAAAAAUACAAAUGUUAGCUUAUCAUUUAAAGCUAAAGAACCUGGAAUGUUAUAUAUCCUUGGAAUUUCUUAUUAUAUAAAUUAUUUACAUUUUGAACAAUAUUUUUUAUAUGAUACUAAUCUUCUUUAUAAAUAUAUUAUGACCAAUUCAGACACAAACACUUUAUCAGAAUUUUCCAAAACGGGCGAUUCAUUUUCAAUGCAAUUUAGGAUGGAAAAGGGGUGCAAUCAAAAUGGGGAAAAUAGCAAACAUAUACAAAAUGGGGGAAGUAGCAAAAAUGGAGGAAAAAAAAAACUACUAAUUGGAAACGUUUUAAAUAUGUCAAGUGUAUUCCAAGUUUUUGUUAUUAAUAAAUAUGUCCAUCUUGAAUCUGAAAUAAAAUUUGUUAAUUUUGGAAAAUAUAUAAACAUAGAAUCAUUAAUAAAUGAUAAAGAAUACAUAAACAAUUAUUAUAGAGUACCAUUAAUUGAAAAAAAGAAAAAUAAACAAGAUGAAAUGUUAAAUAGUAUAAAUAAGAAUACAGAUGUAGAUACAUCUCCAGUAAAAACAAUAAUAGAUAACGAAAAUAAAGAAUUUUCUGAAAGAAAAUAUAAAGUUAGUGUAGUAGAUGCAGAACAUACUACUAUAAAUCAAAAUAGAGAAAUAUACAAAAAUCAAUUUGUAUAUAGUAAUGAAAAUAGUCCAUGUAGCUAUUCUAACAAUAUAGAAUGUUUAUCUAUUUCAUCGUCUUAUAUUACAGAUGAAAGUGAAAGGUCUUAUCAACGUUAUUUUUUAAAUCCUAUAGAAGAAGAUAGAACCCGAAAAUUACCCUUAUGGAAUUCUAAGGAUAUUGAAAUAAACGGAAAAAAUAGACAAGAUUUAGAAAAUAAUAGUUUUUAUACUAAUAAAAAAAAUAGCUAUCAAAACAGUGAAGAAGAAUCAAGUAUGAACAUUUCAAACUUCCCUAUAUCAUUUAACCAAUAUAGAAUUGAAAGAAAAAAAAAAUCAAUAAGUUUUGAAAAUGAUAAUGAUAAUAUAUAUUUUUCUAGUGACCCAAGAUAUGAAGAAAUAUUAGAAGGUGAAAUAAAAUUUUUAUGUUUAGUUUGUGAAAAUACAAGUAAUAUAGAUGUAAAUUAUAUAAAUGUUAAGGUAAAAUAUAAAAAUAAAUUAAUUGGGAAUCAUUUUAUAAAAUUCUAUUUUGAUAAAUCUUUUUAUAUAAAAAAAGAACAAAUAGAAUCAUAUAAUAAUCAAAAAUAUAAAGAUAAUUACCAACCAAGUUUUAAUGAAAAUAUAUUUUUUUGUCAUAAUAAAGGAAAAAAAUUAAAAGUUAAAAAAAACCAUACUUUAUAUAUACCUAUUAAAUGUAUAGGUUCAAUAUUAAUAAAUGAAUGUGAUGUUCAUAUAAUUUAUUCAAGUUUUAAAAAUUGUUCAUAUUAUUCUAUUAAAAAAUUGAAACUAAAAUUAAAUGUUAAAAGAAAUAUAUAUAUCGAAAGUAUUUUAUAUUUUCCAUAUGUUAGUUUUAAUUGGGAUAAAAUAUUGACUAAAAUUCUAAACUCAGAUUAUUAUAGAGAAUAUGCAAUAAAUAAGUUAGGAACCAUAAAAAAAAACAAUGAAUCAAUAACAAAUUCAAGCUCAGAUUCACAAAGUUGUUAUGAUAUAUCUAUAAUGCAAAAUAAUAAUGAGGAACCAGAUGAUACGAUUUAUCAAAAUGCCAAAAAUAAAAUUAUUAAAAAUACGAAAACACACGUGCAUCUAAAUAAUCAAGCUUUUAUAACAAAUGCCAAACAUGAUCUCAAAAAUGUAUUAAAUGAAGAUGCAAAUAAAAAUGAAGAUGAAAAUAAAAAUUUGGACUCUAUGAGAUGCACUCACGAUAAUAAUAGUGAUUGCCUAAGUGAUUCUACUACAACGAAACAGUAUCAAUAUACUUCGAAUGAAAAUUUAACUUUUUCUGAUAUAAAUAGUGAAUCGUCAGCUAGCCAUUUUGAAAAAAAAAAAAAAAAAAAAAAAUAUAGGAACAAAAAUCAGGAAAAUAAUAAAUUACUAGAAAAUUAUAAUCAACUUAAUAAAAUAAUUCACACAAAAAAAAGUGACUUAAAUAUAUGUACUGAUAAUAAAUAUAUAUUUUUAGAAAUAUAUAUAAAAAAUGAUAGUGGAUAUGUUAAUUAUUGUAAAAGUAAAAAAUUAAAAAGAAGACCAACAUGUGUUGUUGAUAAAGAUAAUCAUCCAAAUAAAUGGAUUAUAUGGAUUAAAAGAUUAAAAAGAAAAAAAAAUAUUAUAUUUAAAAAAAAAGAAGAUAUAAUAAAAUAUUUUCUACUAUACAUAGAUUAUUAUGUUUCUCUAACUUAUUCAAGACAUAAAAAAAUGGGAAUACUAAGUAGUUACAGUUCAUAUUUAAAUAAUAUUUAUAUAAAUAAAAAAAAAAUAGAAGAUUUCUUUUUAAAUUUUAAAUCUGAUACUUAUCAAAAUGAAACUAUUCAAUCACAUAAAGAAACUACAUUAUCUAAAAUAGAUACAAAUAAUGUAGAUUUGUAUUCUGUCUGUCAAAAUUAUAGAUCACUAAAUUCUAUGAAAAAACGACAACAAUUUCAUGAUACUAAUAAUACGAUAGAUUCUAUCGAGGCUGACAAAGAAUUAGAAAAUAAAUGGGAAAACUAUUCCCAAACAAAUAAAAAGUUAUCGUUUCAUAAUAUUGGGAAAUAUUUACAAAAUUCAAAUGGAUAUAAUUGUUAUUAUAUAGAAGAUGAAAAAUCUGAGUUAUCAACAAACAAACAUAAAUUGUUUGAAAAUAAUUGGGUGAAUAAUUUAUUUUAUCCAUAUGUAUUAUUAGAACCAGAAUUUCAGAAUUGUAAAAAAAAAAAUAGUGUUAUUAUUCCAAGUUGUUCAAAAACACUAAAUUUUACAAAUAUAAAUAAAAUAGGAAUUAGAAAAAAUUAUUUUGAAACAGCUGUAAACGAGUUUUUUUUAAUAAAAAUUUGGAUAAGGAAUAUGUCCUCUGUUGAUCUUGGGAAAUAUACACUUUUUAUAUUUCCAUCAAAUUUAAAUUGUAUAAAAAUAAUUGGUACUUUGAAUAAAAAUGGAUAUCUUACUAGAUGUGAAAAUACCAAAGAAUGCAAAAAAACGAAUUGUGUAGAAACUGAAAAUGUGGAACAAAUUUCAAAUCAAACAAAACACCACAAGCAUAGACAAAAACGCAGAUCAAAUGUUUCCCUUUUACAUUCAUUAAAUGCUUAUUCCUUGUUUCCUGGAAAAGUUUUUUUUUACAUAGCCAUUUAUUUUCAUAAUUUUCACACACUACUAUUUCACCAUGAGCCAAUUCUCGUUACUAUCGUGUAG